AUGACAAAUGGCAGUGCUGGUGGCAUCAGUAGCGAAACCGAUACUAUCGGUACCGCAUCUGAAAUUAUUAAAGAUCGUCUCUAUUUUGCAACAUUACGUAUAAGACCAAAAUCAUCUGUUCGUUCACAUUAUUUUUCUAUUGAUGACGAAUUUACAUAUGAACACUUCUAUUCAGAUUUUGGUCCAUUAAAUUUAGCAUCUGUUCAUCAGUAUUGUACAAAACUUAACAAAAAAUUAAAUAAUCCAAGUUUAGCACAUAAAAGAAUUAUUCAUUUUACAAAAGUUGAUCCAAAAAAACGAGCCAAUGCUGCUUUUUUAAUUGCUGCAUAUUCAAUUAUUUGUCUAAAACGAACACCGGAAGAAGCCUUUAGACCAUUAAUAAGUGGUAUUAAUACUACACAUUCAUUUCUACCAUUUCGGGAUGCAUCACUUGGUUCAUCUUCAUAUAAUCUAACAUUACUUGAUACAUUACAAGGCCUUCAUAAGGCAAUACUUCAUGGUUUUUUUGAUUUUGAAAAUUUUGACCUUGAUGAAUAUGAACAUUAUGAAAAAGUUGAAAAUGGUGAUUUAAAUUGGAUUAUUCCUCGUAAAUUACUUGCUUUUUCAGGUCCACAUUCCAAGAGUAAAAUUGAAAAUGGUUAUCCAUUACAUGCACCUGAAGCUUAUUUUACUUAUUUUCGAAAACGUAAUGUAUCAACAAUUAUACGAUUAAAUAAAAAAAUUUAUGAUGCAAAACGUUUUACUGAUGCGGGUUUUGAACAUUAUGAUUUAUUUUUUUCUGAUGGAAGUACACCGAAUGAUGCCAUAACAUUAAAAUUUAUAUCUAUUGUUGAACAAGCUAAAGGUGGAGUUGCCGUUCAUUGUAAAGCGGGUCUUGGUCGAACGGGUACAUUAAUUGGAGCAUAUUUAAUGAAACAUCAUAAAUUUACAGCUGCUGAAGUUAUUGCUUGGUUAAGAGUAUGUCGACCUGGUUCAGUUAUUGGUCCACAACAAAAUUAUCUUGAAGAAAAACAAGCAUGGCUUUGGUCAUUAGGAGAUUUACAUCGAAUUAAAGAUCGAUCACGAAAUGUACCAGGUUUUAGUGCACAUUCUGCAGUAGAUUUAGGAACUCAUAAUUCAUAUCGAUAUACAGUUGGCGAAAAUAAUAACGUUGAAGAAGAAAAAGAAGGAGAAAUUACUCAAGGUGAUAGAUUAAAUGAAAUAAAAGCACGUCGUAUGCAGCAUCAUCAACAACAACAGCAUCAUCAUACAAAUCUAUUAUUGCAUCCGACAUCAUCUUUCAAACGUGCACAUACAACAUUAGCUAGUUCAACACAUGUACCAUACCGUGAAAUUUCAUCAGCUGGCAUACGUCGUUUUUAUGUGCAAACACCGAUGACUCCUUCUAAUAUUCUUAUAAAUUCUGUUUCUCGAAAACCUCGUUCAUACAUCUCAUCCGCUGCAUCUAUGAUGAAAACUCCAAUUUAUCCAACCGGUCGUUAUAUGAAUGUAGCAGCAAGAAAUCUUGGUACAACAUUAACUGUCGCCGAUAGUAAUAAUCGUCAUGCAAUAUCCUCAAGUUUCUUAAAAGCUGUACAACGUGGUAAAUCAUCUAUGGUAACAAGUUCAUUAGGAAGUCAUUCAUAUUAUACACGGUCAAAAUCGGUAUAUUAUUAA